ACAUAGAAUCACAUGUUUCUCUGAAAUUUAUUCUUCUUGUGUUCUUGAGAUAAUUUAACAUACAAAUUCUUGUACGUAGGAAUAGAACUUCACAAUAAUCAAGUCCUAUUUUGUUUUUUGUUUUUUUGCAUCUCAGAAGUAGUACCGUAAAAUUCGUUUUUCAUAGUGAUGAGUCAGUAAAUUAUUUAAUUUAUAGGAAAUCGUAUCCUGUACGUAGAAGAAUUAUCCGGUGACUUUAGACAACCAUAAUUCAUACGCACUUAUUUGGACUCUGGAGUAAAAUACUAAACUUGAAGACUAGUAUAAGAUGUUAGGUAAUUUUUUUUCCUUCUCUUUCUCCACUUUUUCUUUUCUUAAACCAGAAAUAUAGACACAAUUUCCACAAACAAAUGAUGGGUCAAGAUUCAAGAAUUAAUCGGAGGACUUCAAGAGCCGUGUGGAAAUUAAUAGGCAGAGGUCAAUGGAAAAGAAAAUUAGGAAAAAAAAACACAGUAGCCAGUUGCCACAUAACUAUGACACUGAUACUAUAAAAGUACAACAAAGGGAAAGCAUAGAGAAAUAUCAUAAUAUAAGCAUUUUCAAUUUGAGGCAAUUUUAUGCUCAAAAUAUUCAGCGUAAAGUAGCCGAAGUUAGGGGAAGGGAAAAAAAACUUGAUUAGAAUUACUAAGGAAAUCUUUGGUUAUGGAGAACAUGGUAGUAAUGAGGUGUGGUGGCGAUGCAGUUCUAACAGUGGAGCAUUUGUGCGGGAAUACUAUGGCCAAUCAUUGGGUGAAGACAAUUACACCAGUGAUAGUGAUGCUGAUAGUUCAAAUAUCUCUAGCUGGUGUCAACAUUCUGACCAAACUAGCCUCAAAUGACGGGAUGAACUUGCAAGUGUUAGUAGCCUAUAGAUUUUGUGCUGCGGCCCUUUUCACUGUUCCACUUGCCUUGUACAUGGAUAGGAACAUCACACCCAAGCCAAAGCUCACUUGGAAAGUUCUUGGUCAAUCAUUUCUUUGCGGACUAUUAGGGGGAUCACUCGUGCUAAAUUUGUAUGUGGAGAGUCUUGUAUUGACGUCUGUUACCUUCGUUGCCGCAAUUUCAAAUAUAUUACCAGCGGUUACCUUCAUCCUCGCAGUCGCUUGCAGGUUAGAGAAGGUAACUCUAAAACACGUACCAGGUCGUGCCAAGGUCAUAGGGACCGUACUAGGAAUUGGAGGGGCAAUGUUAUCAACGUUCUACAAAGGAGUAGAACUGAAAAUAUGGUCAACCAAGAUCAACUUGCUCUCCCAUAAACAUGUGGAACGUCAACAUGAUGGUCGCGAUCAAGCCAUCGGGUCCUUGAUAGCAUUAGCCGGCUGCUUUAGUUAUGCUGCCUGGUUGAUUGUACAGGCGAAGAUGACUAAGAAUUUUCCAAGUGCUUACGCCACCACAGCUCUAAUGAAUGUAAUGGCAUGUAUCCAAGCCAUGAUAUUUGUGUUGUGUGUCGAGCGAGAUCCACAACAAUGGAAGUUGGGUUGGAAUAUUCGACUACUCACAGUUGCCUAUUCCGGAAUAAUAGGUUCAGGAGUAAUGGUGGCCUUAAUUGCAUGGUGCAACCGCAUCAAAGGACCAUUAUUUAUCUCUAUUUUCAAUCCAGUCUCCUUGAUUGUUGUGACCUUAGCAGGAUCUCUUGUUCUCAACGAUAAACUAUACCUCGGAUGCGUAUUAGGAGGAGUUGUAAUUUUGCUAGGCUUGUAUGCUGUGGUUUGGGGAAAAUCGAAGGACCAGAAGCCAGCAGUAGCGGCAGCCCAACCUGUCGUUGGAAGAAUUUCGGUCGUUUAAUUUGGAUUUUGAGAUGGUUGAUUUGAUAUGUUAUUUCGAGCCUUGGCGAUUUGCUGUUGCUUCCUGGUGGCCGAGAAUGAGAAGAGGGAAUUGUAUUUUUCGGAAUGGUUUAGUGAAAUGAAGAUUUAUAUUUUAGUAGCGUUAAUAACUAAAUAUCACUAUAUUAUUAAACAAUUUUUUUGAUUGAGAUGCUUUUGGUCAUAUUGAUGACUGAUACGAGUUUCAAUUUCUGAUAUUUUUGUAUUAGUUUGAGGCCUAUUUAUUAAUUUACCCAUAUUUUUUUUAUCAGUUUAUGUAUAGUUUGAAUUGGUUUAGGCUUGUUUACUCAUCAAUUAACAUGCAUUAUUUAUCAGCAAAUUAAAUAUAUUUUCGUAUUAA